CACGACGGCGGUUGCGUUUGUACGCUCGGGCUCUGUCUUCCUUUAAAGUUUAAAAUACAUCGGGCCCCUUUUAAUGCCUCUGAAGCGUCUGCGCUUUGUGUCGAGGCCGGCAUUGCCCGAGACUCGGGGAUGCGCUACUGCGCCUACAGAUUUCUUCACCGUGCGGUGGUGGCCGUGAACCGGCUAUCAUCUGACACGCUGCUCGGGGGCUCAGUGACCGGGCGUUGGUGGUGGUGUGACCGGCAUCUGCGGCUGCCGGCCGAAACAUGUGAGCGCGGCGGCGAGCGUGCGAUGAAGCAGAUCUGGAGAGUGGCCCUGCGCAGACACUACGCGAGCAGCCAUGCCAGUUUGCCGUCCGUGAGGCAUCGCGCCGGGACCGCCCGGACCGGUAAUCUGCUGCGGUUGGCCCCGAUCCGGUCGGCCUACUACCCCGCUUGCUGCGCGCUCCUCUCGAGCCGCCGCCUGGACGGUGGUUGCCGCCUCGCGCCGGCCAUGCACUUCUCGACCAGCACGGCCGCCGAGUUCGGCAGCGCAGCCGACGAAGAGGAGCCCGUGUUCCGGCCCCGGCGUGCUCUGGUGCUCACCAAGUUCUCGCGCUACGAGUUCGAGAAGCGGCGCCACGCGCACCUCACCGAAGAGCAGCUGGUGCAAGAUCUGGAGUCCCGGGGCUCGGACUACAACAGCCUUGUCCACCACCACAAGAUCCACACCAAGAACCGGGAGCUGGUGGUCAACACUCUCAGGGAGAAUGGCAUUGAGACUAGGCUUGUGGACCGGUUCGACUACACGGACAGCAACAUCGACUGGGCAGACGUCAUCUUCACGACGGGUGGCGAUGGCACGUUCCUUAUGGCAGCCAGCAAAAUCCACACGCGUGACAAGCCCAUCAUAGGCAUCAACAGCGAUCCUUCGAGGUCUGUCGGGUACCUCUGUCUUCCUGGCCACUACACGGAGAACUUCCCGCUUGCCCUGAGACGGCUACUGACGGGCAAAUUUCAGUGGAUGUGGCGACAGCGGCUGAGGGUGACCCUCAAAGGCGAACAUGCGUUCGAUGCACCGGUUGAGCUCCAUGACCAGCAGCUGCAGUACCCCGAGUACCGCUUCCUCGACUGCUGGCAGGAGCAGCACCGCAAGCCCACCACCGACGACGGGGCCACACAGCACUCGGUGGGCGAUGCCGUGCACGUGCUCCCCGUGCGAUCGCUCAACGAGGUGUUUGUCGGCGAGUCUCUCUCUUCGCGAGUGUCCUACUACGAGCUCUCGGUGGAUGGCUCGCCACGGACGAAGCUCAAGAGCUCGGGUUUGACCAUCUGCUCGGGUACGGGGUCGACCUCGUGGUCCUUCAACAUCAACAAGGUCACGCCUCAAUGCAUACAGAGGAUCCUCGACAUUGUGACUGCAGAGACUGGCGUGGACCUACCAACGCGGGACCCGAAACUCAUCGAGCGCGUCACGACGAAUUUCAACAACUCGCUUAUCUUCGACCCCUCUAAGUGCCUCAUGGCGUACACCAUACGGGAUCCUGUUGUCUUCGGAACCGACUUCAACAGCAAACCCCGUGGCUUUGCCAAGAGGAUUGAGGUGAAGUCGAGGAUGUUUGACGCCUGUCUCGUCAUUGAUGGCGGCUUAUCCUUCGUCUUCAACGAUGGUGCGACGGCAGUGUUCGAGAUUUUCGACGAGGACGCUUUGCGGACAGUGCAAUUUGCCGACUGAUUUUCUCUCCUUUUUUUCUUUUUUUUUUUUCUUUAGCUGCGAAGGCUGUGUUCUAAAUACGCAACUUUUGCCAGUUGCAGCUCAGUUUUGGUGAGAGCGGAGAGUUUUGUCAGCUGAACUUCAGUGCAUCAUUGCGAAAGAGCCGUGUGUGCUCAAGCUGUUUUUCUUCUUCAGUGCACCAUUUCUGACAAGUGCCUUUAGAUAACUCGGAACAAAUAUGUAUGUAUACGUCUAGUACAUUUGUUUUAUGUAUCUUGACUGUCUUAAGCAUUGCGAGGACAUCAUUCUUGUUGUCUAAAGUAUCUUUAUAUUCUUGCUGCUCAGUGCUGAAUGAAUUUUUUUUUUAGCUAAAUGAAUUUCUUGCUUAAAUAAGGUGUGGUUUCUCCUUCUCUUGGACUUCUUUUUUGACCUCGUCAUGCGUUUCUUUCCAAAAGCCGUCGCAGAAGAGUAUCGGGAAGGACAUCAUACAUAGAUUGUUUGUUGCAUAUUGUAGCUCUAUUUUCUAGGUGUUUUGUGUGGAGUGCUCCUUACUUUCCUGAAGUUGAGGUGCAACUGGAAAUCUUGCGUUCUCUCUUCUUGCCUGUGCCUAUGUAUAUACAGAUGUUAAAUUUCUUUUAACAAUGCUUGGGACUUGCUCCAUCUAUCCUCUUCCCUUCGGCGCAUUUUUUUUUUUCUUCGGUGUUUGUCGGAUCUCAUGCCGGCUUGAAGUCAUUAGUAAAAAUAAAUAUAUUUUUAUACGUACA